GGGGAGGGCCCUGGGCGGGGCUGCGUGGAGAGGGCCGCGUGGGUACCCCCCCCUUCCCGUGGGACCGCGUGAAUUCUCGCCUCCCCUGGGGGCCGCGUGGCUAAUCUCCCCUUUCCCGUGGGCGCCGCACGGAUGCCCCUCUCCCUUGGGGGCCUUGUGGAUACACCCCCUCUCGUGGGGGCCUGGUGGAUGGCCCCCCCUUUCCCGUGGGGGCCGCGUGCGUGCAACCCUUUGCUCCUGGCAACCACCAUUCCACUGUCUGCUUCUCUGCGUUUGAUUAUUAUAGAUUCCUCAUGCCCGGUGCCCUGGCGCCUCCUGUCCGCUGAGCCAUGGCCACCCCCGAUGUGAGCGUCCACAUGGAGGAGGUGGUGGUGGUGACGACGCCCGACACGGCGGCGGAUGGCAGUGGCGUGGAGGAGGUGAAGACCGUGCUGGUCACCACCAACCUGACCCCGCACGGGAGUGACCUGACGGAGGGUAACAUGGAGACGGAAAACGCCGCGGCAGCUGCUGCAGCCGCGUUCACAGCGUCCUCGCAGCUCAAGGAGGCCGUGUUAGUGAAGAUGGCUGAAGAGGAGGAGAGCCUGGAGGCCGAGAUCGUGUACCCCAUCACCUGCGGGGACAGCAGAGCCAACCUGAUCUGGAGGAAGUUUGUGUGCCCCGGCAUCAAUGUGAAGUGUGUUCAGUACGAUGAGCAUGUCAUCAGCCCCAAGGAGUUUGUGCACCUGGCCGGCAAGUCCACGCUGAAGGACUGGAAGCGAGCCAUCCGCAUGAACGGCAUCAUGCUCAGGAAGAUCAUGGACUCCGGGGAGCUGGACUUCUACCAGCAUGACAGGGUCUGCUCCAACACCUGCCGCAGCACCAAGAUCGACCUCUCGGGGGCCCGCGCGUCCCUGGGCAGCCCCACGCCUGCCGAGUACAUCCCGCUCACGCCCGCCACGGCCGACGUGAACGGGGCUCCUGCCACCAUCACCAUCGAGACUUGUGAGGACCCUGGGGACUGGACCACAGCCGUCGGAGAUGACACGUUUGCCUUCUGGAGAGGGCUGAAGGACGCAGGCCUGCUGGACGAGGUCAUACAGGAGUUCCACCAGGAGCUGGUGGAGACCAUGAAGGGUCUGCAGCAGCGGGUCCAGGACCCUCCCCUGCAGCUCCGAGACGCCGUCCUCCUCAACAACAUCGUGCAGAACUUCGGCAUGCUGGACCUCGUGAAGAAGGUGCUGGCCAGCCACAAGUGCCAGAUGGACCGCUCUCGGGAGCAGUACGCCCGCGACCUGGCAGCGCUGGAGCAGCAGUGUGACGAGCACCGCCGUCGGGCCAAGGAGCUCAAGCACAAGUCGCAGCACCUCAGCAACGUGCUCAUGACGCUGACGCCGGUCUCCCUGCCACCCCCCGUGAAGCGGCCCCGGCUCGCCAGGGCCACGUCCGGGCCGGCCGCCAUCGCCUCGCAGGUGCUCGCCCAGUCCGCCCAGAUCGCCCUGACCCCCGGCGUACCCGUCUCCCAGCUCACCGGCGUGCCGCUGGGCAAAGUGGUGUCCACCCUGCCCUCCCCCAUGCUGGGCAAGGCCAUGCCCCAGGCUGCUCCGGCAAGCUCCCCCGCUUCACCGCUGCUUGGGGGCUACACGGUGCUGGCCUCCUCGGGCACCACCUUCCCCAGCACGGUGGAGAUCCACCCGGACGCGUCCAGCCUCACGGUCCUGAGCACAGCCGCCAUGCAGGACGGCAGCACUGUGGUCAAGGUGGUGAGCCCGCUGCAGCUGCUGGCCCUGCCCGGCCUGGGCCCCACCCUGCAGAACGUGGCCCAGGUGUCGCCCGGGGGCAGCACCAUCGUGACGGUGCCCACGGGGGCCGUUGAGAGCGCCGUGGCCGCCCCGGGACCCGAGGAGCACACGGCCACCAUCGAGGUGGCCGCCAUGGCGGAGGGCCACGAGCACAAGUAGCCGUCGGCGGGGGGUGAGGCCCCUCGUGGGCACAGGGCUGGCCGCCUCUCCUCAGGCCGUGGCUGGCCGGGAGCACAGCGCUGGCACCCGGCGGGCCCCGCGGGGCUGCUGAACCAAAGAGAGGAAACGCCAAAACAGACGGAGCGGAGCGGAGAGGAGCGGAGCGGAGAGGAGCGGAGCGGAGAGGAGCGGAGCGGAGAGGAGAGGAGCGGAGCAGCAGCCUGAGACUCGGGUCCCCGGCUUCUGAGCCUCCUCCCCUGUCUUCUCGGGAAAUAUAUAUUUCCAUCUGUU